AUGUCCCACCUUCCCGCCCCCUCUCCCAACCACUCCCCUCUGACAGAUAUGGUUCCGUCAAGCUCAAACCAGACAGCUCCUCAUCUUCUGCAACACAGAGCUCGCCCUCAAACUACAUCUUCGAGCAGGCCCCCGAUGCCUUAUGCCCUUCUCAUCGCAAUCGAUAAUUACCCACGCCUCCGAAAAUUAAAGGGCGCUAUUGCGGAUCUCGAUGCCGUCUACGAUUUUCUAACGAAUAAGAUGCGCGGGAAUCCGGAAGACCGUAUCAAAUGCCUCAAAGACGGAGAUGCCACCCGCGACGCGAUCAUAGAGCACAUCAGGGCAUUAGGACAGAACAGUACUAUCAAAAGAGAUGAUCCCAUUAUCGUUUUCUUCGCCGGACAUGGAGCGGAGGUGGAUCCUCCGGCGGGAUGGCCAGCAGGUAGAUUCUCGAAGGUCCAGAUGCUUUGCCCAUACGACUUUCAUCCCUCCACUGCCGGUAACACUCCAGAUACAAAGGUUAUCCAAGGCAUUCCAGAUAGAACUUUGGGAGCCCUUUUGAAUCUCAUUUCCGGGACGAAGGGAGAUAAUAUCGCUGUGAUAUUUGACUGUUGCUUUUCCGGAUCCGGUACUCGACAGGACGACGAACCCGAAGACUCGACGAGUUUAAUUCGCGGCGUCGAUCUUCCCAAAGACUACGCCAUAUCUCCGAAACUCGACCAGGAUAUAUGGUCCCAAGUCCGUGACACUGCCGAUGGGGCUCGUUGCAGUCGACCAGCGGGCAAUCAUGAGGACUCAUCAUGGCAGUCACACGUCUUGCUGGCCGCUUGCAUGGAGAACGAACGCAGUAGAGAGAGAGACGGGCGUGGCCUAUUCACCGUGGCCCUUCUUCAAACUCUCGAUCGUCCUGGAUGGGAGUGUUUUACAUAUGAAAACCUUGUCAAGUCUUUACCUCCUAUACCAGAUCAGAACCCUCAUUGUGAGGGCUUCCACGCUACGAGACACCUGUUUAGAACUACCACGACGGUAGCUCCUUCGAAUCCCGGGCCGUUUCUCAUCACUCGCCAAACCGAGGCGCCGAGGCCACCGGAGACAGAACAUUCUACCGCGUGCUCGACAUUGAAUUUUGCCAUAGGGAAAUGGAAGAGGACGGAGCCCAAUCCUGUGCAAUUGGCCAUGGUGCGUUACAACCUGUCUGUAGGGUUUUCGUAUGGAAUUGCCAAGGGUGCCUUGUUCACCUACUACGCCGACGAGGAACUCAGUCCCCAAGCAAAACUCGGAACACUCACUGCCGUUCAAGUCGAGGCCUACAAGUCCGUGUUGGAAUGCAAUAACGGCUCCCUCUCGUACCUUGACGCCCAGCGGUCGCCACAAACCGCAUACGCACGGCUGACGAGCCGCACGACGGACGAUCGGUUCAGGCGGUGGUGGAUUGCCGAAGAAGACGUGGCGCUCAGAGGCCUGUUCCUGCAGGCGGUCGAGGACGUUCAAAGGGAGCGAGAUGGGGAGUGGAAGGGAUUGCCCAUACUCUCUGACACUUCACCGGUCGUGACGAUCAGCAGCCUGAAAGUCAAAGGCCGUGUUACCUUUGAGAUUCACGACGAGACGUGUCUUAAAUAUGGGCUCAAGGAGAUGCACGGCGCCACAAUUCCAUGCGACGUCGCCCGCCUCAGUGACGUCAUAUCAAGUGCCUCGCAUUUCUUCUUCUAUCUCCACCUCAACUGCCACAUCACGAAAUCCCCCACGGUAUCCAACGGCAGAGUUCGUCUGGAGUGUACAGAACUUGAGCUGGAAAGUUUAGACGAGAACCUUAGCCAUUGGGUAUAUAAGCCAAAAGAAGGCAACAAGAUCAAGGGCAAUUUGAUGGAGCUGUACGUUGGCGAGGAUGACAGCGAGAAGAAACUCUAUGGCUACAAAGUUGUUAACGACACAGUAAUGCCUCUAUACGCCGCAUUAUUUUACUUUGACAUGAGCGAUCUGAGCAUAGUACGAUACUACAGUCCGACUAUAUCCGGAGGUAGCAACACCGCCUACAGCAUCCCCGCCAGCGGUGGCGAGCUGACAAUCGGAUACGGCUCCGGUGGCAUCCCACCUUACCGGUAUCUUCUUCGUCCUGGCCAGGAUGUCGACGUCGGUAUCCUCAAACUUUUUCUAUUCAACAAAACAUACCCGCAAGUGAAUAUCGAACAAACUUCUCCGUUUCUGGAGGGCAGUCGGCUAUCCGGCACCCGUACAGAGACUCAAGAUCUGCAUUUCUGGGAUUCGAUUGAUGUAUAUGUGAUUCAGCGGAGGAUGUGUGCUAACAAUCUAAAGGAGCGGAUUUCCGGCUGUCUUCCUUUUUGA